ACAGUAAGUACUGGAUGGACAACAUGCUGUGCACCGGCGACGAGAAGAGCCUGGGCGAGUGCCGCUUCGAGGGCUGGGGCAGCAGCGACUGCACGCACGCGGAGGCGGCGGGGGAUGUAACAAAUCAGAAGCUGACGUUGAGACUUGUGGGAGGCCGUGUUCGAGAAGAAGGUCGCGUAGAAGUGAAACUGGGAAACUCAAGCAGUUGGGGUCUAAUCUGCGGCGAUGGCUGGAGUCUGCUCGAAGCUGGCGUGGUGUGUCGUCAGUUGGGGCUGGGGUUCGCCGCAGACGCUGUCCAGACAGACUUCUUCGGAGGCAAACCGGAGGCCAUCGUGCUGAGCGGCGUGGAGUGCCAAGGCGCAGAGUCGCACCUUGGGGAAUGCCUACACGAUCGCCUGGGCGAUGCGGUUUGUCCCGGGAAAAGAGAGAAUAUCGCAGGUGUCGUCUGCAGCGAUGCUAUGGCAGAUUUAGUCAUUGAUCAUCUGGAAAUCAUGCGUACAGCUCAUCUGGAAGACAGGCCCUUGUACUUCCUGCAAUGUGCAAUGGAAGAAAAUUGUUUGGCUUCAGCUGCCUAUAGGAUUCAAAAAGAAAAUCCCGGAAACUGGCAUUUGGAAACAAGGCGUCUAUUACGAUUUACAGCUCGAAUUCUUAAUUCAGGAACAGCUGAAUUUAGACCUAUGAUUCCCAAACAUAUGUGGGAAUUUCAUCAGUGUCAUAUGCACUAUCACAGUAUGGAGGUAUUUGCCACGUUUGAUAUCAUGGACUCCAAAGGCAAGAAAGUUGCAGAGGGCCACAAGGCUUCGUUCUGUCUGGAGGACAACCAGUGCUUACCGGGGGUGAAGCCGACGUUCGCGUGUGCUAAUUUUGGAGAUCAGGGGAUAUCAGUCAACUGUUCGGAUAUUUAUCGACACACUAUUGACUGCCAGUGGGUUGAUAUCUCUGAUCUAGAUCCUGGCAUGUACACGUUUAAGGUUGCCAUUAAUCCUGAAUUCAAAGUGGCUGAAAUGACAUACGAGAAUAAUGCUGCAGUUUGUACUUUGUAUUAUUCGCAAUCGUUUGCUCAUAUUUACAAUUGUGCAUUGCAACGUCCAUAACAGAAACAAUGUUGAAGCUCUGUCCCGCAUUCUUCUCGACUCUUCUAAUGCACAUUGCAAUGCAAAUUACCAUUGACGUCUUGCCAAAAGAUGGAAAUUCCAUCUGUGUGUAUUAAAGACAAAACUGUACUCUCCUUGAUGGAGAAUUAAGGAACUCAGUUUCAAAGUGGUGGAAAACAGUGAUAGCAAGUGUCAGUGUAUAGAUUAUAUAAAUGCAAUAUGCGUAUAAAUGCAUAAGAUUGGCAAGUAUUAUUGCUGCCCAAAGGAAUAUCUUUUCUUGAAGGACUUUACAGAAGAGUAUUGAAUAGUACUUAAGUAUCAUAUUUGUGUAUAUCUUGCAAAACUGAAUGAUAACUGUAUGCUGUUGAAGUGUUAUUUUGCCAUAUUAACUAACCUUUUGUUGAAAAAAUCACGUUUUCUUAAAGCCAAAUUCAGAAGUAAUAUGAAUAUUCUAAAUAGCAUAGUUUCGCAGAUAGAAGAUUAAAUAAUAGUGAUAUAAAUAAGCCCGAUGGUUCGGACUUUCCUAACUCGGUCUUUCUUAAGUCUGAUGGUUCGUAGCAUACAAUCUUUGCGUUGUACGCAAACAACCUUCGGGCUUAAUAUGCGAUUGCAUACAACCCAAACGUUGGAUGGAAGCAAGGUGAAAGAGUUGUGUCUUGCUGACCUGCCCUUUUCUGGCUGAGGGUCACAAUGAUAGUGUGCCGUAACCCUCCAGUGCAUGGAUGAUGGAGUGAACAAGAAGGGGGAAUAAUAAGGAGCCGCAUAACUGAAUAAUAAUUAAUGAGAUAAUUGCAGAGUCCCACUGUAUAAACAUAUCUGUCAGUUAACUUCGACUUUUGCCCGCUAUUCCUCUUCCCUCAUGUUUAACCACGUUUUGUGUAUUCCGUCAUUACUGUGGGUCCUGUCGCUCGCGAAACAAACAGUUCAACUGUUUUAGUCCCAGAUGAUCCUGCUAACCGCGUACCAUCCUACAAGCCCUCCUUCAAAGUCUGAUCACACAGAUCACACAUUUCAACAAAAGCAUAUAAUUCACUGCAAUUUUCCUUCAAAACAAUGCGGCCGCGCCACGGAAUUUACACGACUGCUGUUGCGUCACUAUGCAAAACGAGGCACUAUUCGUAUUCCUUUUGUACCACCCCGAUAUAUAUAU